GAUGUCAACUGGAACGAGUUCUAUGGAAAUCCCGUCGGCACCGUGCCUCGAUGGGCAUUCCUAGACUCGGUGAACAGCUUCGCAACGAGCACCGUCUACGAUGCCACUCAGCAAGGUUGGACAGGUGACAUGGAGAAGAUUGUGAUUUACCACUUCCUAGACGGGCUUGGUGGUGUGGAUCCAGAAAUCGCAGUGACCGGCGAGUACAUGGAUCUGCCGGGCACUUACCUCACUGAUGCUUUGCAGUAG